UUUUUUUUUGCAGCUGGGUAAAAAAAGAAAGAAAGGGGGAAGCAAACUGGCCGAAGGGGCAACAUCGGCGGCGCGGUGCUAUGGACCUCAGGGACAAUGUCGAGACAGGGGAGACGGAAAACCACACGGAGUCCUCCUACGUGCCGAUUCCCGACGAAGUGCCGCACAAGAGGGAGCAGGAGAAGCUGUCGGGGGUCGUCAAAAACGUCCACCGAAAACUGCGCAGGAAAUACCGAGAGGUGGGCGACUUUGACAAGAUCUGGCGCGAGCACUGCAAAGAUGAGCAGACGCUGAGCGAGUACGCCCUCGCCAUGAAGAAUCUCGCCGACAACCACUGGACCAGAAACUACGAGGGAGAGGGACGCAUCGAGUGGUGCCGCAGCGUCUGUCAAGAAUAUUUCUUGGAUGGCGGGAUGAGAAGAAUGAUAGAAAAGGAUGCGAAAAGUGCCAUGCUGACCAUGAGUCUUACGACGGAGUCUGUAUGUGCCCAACCGUACAGCACCAUCCCCAGUCACGUUGUGUUUCUACUUUUUUUUUCUUUUUCCGUUUCACUCUUUUGUUGUAGUUCCAUCUCUCAGCUGGGGAAAAUGCGCCUUCUCGACGUGGGAAGCUGCUUCAACCCUUUCUUAAAGUUCGACGAGUUCCUGACAGUUGGUAUCGACAUAGUGCCCGCAGUUGAGAGCGUGUACAAGUGUGACUUCCUCAACCUCCAGCUCCAGCAGCCUCUCCAGCUGGCGAGCGACGCGGUCGAGGCCUUCCUCCGCCAGCUCCGCGACCCCAUCGACGCGCUGCCCGCCCAGCUCUUCCACGUGGCCGUCUUCUCCCUGCUCCUGUCCUACUUCCCCUCGCCGUACCAGCGCUGGAUCUGCUGCAAGAAGGCCCACGAGCUGCUGGCGCUGCACGGCCUGCUGCUCAUCAUCACGCCCGACUCCUCCCACCAGAACCGCCACGCGCUCAUGAUGCGCAGUUGGCGCGUGGCGGUGGAGUCCCUGGGCUUCAAGCGGUACAAGUACGUCAAGUACUCCCACAUGCAUCUCAUCGCCUUCCGCAAGGCGUCCCUGGCCACCACCAGCGACCUGGUGUCCCGCAACUACCCGGAGAUGCUCUACAUCCCUCAGGACUUCCACUCCAACGAGGAGGAGGAGGAGUGCGGCGACGUGCCCGUGCAGGCGCGCUCCGAGUUCGAGGACGACCAGAUGGCCUGCGGCUUCACCGAGCUGCCCGACGCGCCCUACGACUCCGACUCCGGGGAGAGCCAGAGCAGCUCGGUGCCCGGCUUCCACGAGCUAGAAGACCCCAUCCUGCUUCAGAGCUAGGCUUUAACCAGCUACACCCCCCCCCCUCUCCUUUCCUCUGCGUAACUUGUCGCCUCCCCUUCAACUGCUGCGCUGCCAAGUUCAAACCUGCUGCAUUCUUCUCCCACUUGUCCUCCCUUUCCUCAAAACAAAUGCAGUUUGCACAGUGCGAAAGUUUACAGAUUAUUUUCUCAUAUCCACCCUCCUCUGAGAGUACACACACGUACACAUAUACAAAAACACACACACGCACACAGAUGGAUAUAUUUUGAUAAAUCUAGAUUUUUUUUUUUAAAGAGUUGGAAAGUGAACACCCAUAAUAUAUCUAAACUCCCCGCUCCUUGAUUUCCACGCAAUCUUCCAAUCAGCUUUCAAUAACAAAAGUCGGCUUGUCUGCUUUCUGUACUCGGCCUCUAUUUUAAUAAGCUAGUGUCGCAGGCUGCUUGGUACAAAAGACAAAUGCAGCACCGCCAGCAGUCUUGACGGGAGUUUGAUUGCACUGGAAAGACUGAGAUGGAACGACUGGACUGGUACGCUUGCUUCUGUCGGUCAUGCAGCUCGACUCUCUGAAGAAUAUUGAUGUGCGUUUAGUUUUCCAAGACAAAAAAAAUAAGUUCCUUGUUUUGAAAUAUAUAUAUAUAUUAUAUGUAUAAAUAUAUUAUAUGUAUAAAUAUUGUAUGUAUAAAUAUGUCUUUAUAUAUAUAUUUUAUAUAUAUAUAAAUAUGUCUUUAUAUAUAUAAUAUAUAUAUAUAUAUUCUCAACAGUCAAAACGUUAGUGUUGUCCAGUGUAAAGUGUGGCAAUGCCAUUUUAACUCGCCAUUCUCUGUAUAAUUUGUGUAUCUUUUACAAGAAAGUGGUAUUUGUAGCAUUUUAAACAUUUUCUGAACCAUAAGGUAGGAGUAUUACUAGGUUUACUAAUGUGAAACUAACUUGUGUUUACUCAUUGUGUAACACGGUACAAGUGUUUCUAAGUAGGUGUUAGUUGUUUGUUUUUUCGCCUCCAUGUCGUCCUCACACAAUAUUACGACUUAAUUAUCUCCUGUUGGCUUUCCAAUACAUUUCUUGUUCUCUAGCAGAGACGUAGUACAACACUGUAAGCCAGUGGCCCAUCUCAAAAUGGACUUUAAAGCACCAGUAUCCGUUGACACAGUUUUUGUAACUUUAAUGUGAAAUUACAGUAAGUACUCUGCCUCAAAAAAAAAAGAAAAUCCAGAUCUGAAGCUCGUCACGGAAGAGAUUUGCACUAAUUUACAGUUUUUUUGUUUGUUGUCAAACCGAAAGCUCAGACGGGUGAGAAACAGUCGAUUUUUAGCAAUAGCAAAAGUGUGUGUGUUGCGCAAGUGGAUUUCCAUGCACCUGGAGAAAGUGGGACUCGAACCCUUUUUUUUAACUGAAAGAUAUCAAGUCUCUACAGGUCCAGUUCUCUUAUCAUAUUAAUGGCCGAGAAACAAUUCCAGUGUUGAUGUAAUGCAGUGUGUUCCCAUCUCGUUUUCCAGGUAACACACAUCUCUCUCUGCUUAUAUCUUCUCUGCGUUAACAGAAAAUAACACACACACUCUCAAAAAAAAACUUUCACGGUACCACACAAAUUCCGAAUUUUAAUUUUUGUGAUGAAUCGGCGCUUUUUGUCUUCCAAUGUUUCUUUAGGUGCAUUUGAGUCGUUUCAUUUUCAACAAUGCAGAACAAUGUGUGCUUAUAGUAUGGUUGUAUUUCUCUUUUAUAAAUGAAUGUAAAUGUA